AGCGGAGCUCCGGAGCUGAGCAGCCUGGCAACAGCGGUGGCUCCCCGAGCCUGAGGUUCCAGGAUGGCUUCUGCAUCAGCACCUAAGUAUAAUUCGCACUCCUUAGAGAAUGAAUCCAUUAAGAAGGUAUCUCAAGAUGGAGUCAGUCAGGAUGUGAGUGAGACUGUUCCUCAACUCCCAGGGGAAUUACCAAUUACUGACAAAGAAGUUAUUUACAUAUGUCCUUUCAAUGGCCCCAUUAAGGGAAGAGUUUACAUCACAAAUUAUCGUCUUUAUUUAAGAAGUUUGGAAAUGGAUUCUGCUCUAAUACUUGAUGUUCCUCUGGGUGUGAUAUCAAGAAUUGAAAAAAUGGGAGGCGCAACAAGUAGAGGAGAAAAUUCCUAUGGUCUAGAUAUUACUUGUAAAGAUUUGAGAAACCUGAGGUUCGCAUUGAAGCAGGAAGGCCACAGCAGAAGAGAUAUGUUUGAGAUCCUCAUAAAACAUGCCUUUCCUCUGGCACACAAUCUGCCAUUAUUUGCAUUUGUAAAUGAAGAGAAGUUUAACGUGGAUGGGUGGACUAUUUAUAAUCCAGUUGAAGAAUACAGAAGGCAGGGCCUGCCCAAUCACCAUUGGAGGAUAACUUUUAUUAAUAAGUGCUAUGAACUCUGUGACACAUACCCUGCUCUUUUGGUGGUUCCCUAUCGGACCUCAGAUGAUGACCUUAGGAGAAUUGCAACUUUUAGAUCCCGAAAUCGGAUUCCUGUACUGUCGUGGAUUCACCCAGAAAACAAGAUGGUCAUUAUGCGCUGCAGUCAGCCUCUUGUCGGUAUGAGUGGUAAAAGAAACAAAGAUGACGAGAAAUACCUGGAUGUGAUCAGGGAAACUAACAAACAAACUUCUAAGCUUGCGAUUUAUGAUGCACGACCCAGUGUAAAUGCAGUGGCCAACAAGGCAACAGGAGGAGGCUAUGAAAGUGAUGAUGCAUAUCAGAACGCAGAACUUUCUUUCUUAGACAUUCAUAAUAUUCACGUUAUGCGAGAAUCUUUAAAAAAGGUGAAAGAUAUUGUUUAUCCCAACAUAGAAGAAUCUCAUUGGUUGUCCAGUUUGGAGUCGACUCAUUGGUUAGAACAUAUCAAGCUUGUUCUGACAGGUGCCAUUCAAGUUGCAGACAAAGUUUCUUCAGGGAAGAGCUCAGUGCUUGUACACUGCAGUGAUGGAUGGGACAGGACUGCUCAGCUGACGUCCUUGGCCAUGCUGAUGUUAGAUAGUUUCUACAGAAGUAUUGAAGGCUUUGAGAUAUUGGUACAGAAAGAGUGGAUAAGUUUCGGACAUAAAUUCGCAUCUAGAAUAGGUCAUGGUGAUAAAAACCAUGCAGAUGCUGACCGAUCUCCGAUUUUUCUUCAGUUUAUUGACUGUGUGUGGCAGAUGUCAAAACAGUUCCCUACAGCUUUUGAGUUCAAUGAACGCUUUUUGAUUACGAUUUUGGAUCAUUUGUAUAGCUGUCGAUUUGGUACUUUCUUAUUCAACUGUGAAUCGGCUCGAGAAAGACAGAAACUUACAGAAAGAACAGUUUCUGUAUGGUCGUUAAUUAACAGCAAUAAAGACAAAUUCAAAAACCCCUUCUAUACAAAAGAAAUCAAUCGAGUUUUAUAUCCAGUUGCCAGUAUGCGUCACUUGGAACUGUGGGUGAAUUAUUACAUUCGAUGGAAUCCCAGGAUCAAGCAACAACAGCCCAACCCAGUGGAGCAGCGUUACAUGGAGCUCUUGGCCUUGCGUGAUGAUUAUAUAAAGAGGCUCGAGGAAUUGCAGCUGGCCAACUCCGCCAAGCUUGCUGAUCCCCCCACUUCGCCUUCCAGUUCUUCACAAAUGAUGCCCCAUGUGCAAACUCACUUCUGAGGGGAUCUCUGUCACUGCACUUGAACUCUAGAUAAGUGAAAUAGCUGACUUUCGUUCUGGGCAUGUGUACAAAGUAGAUUUAAAGUAUCUGCCUCCGUUUAGAAGUUGAACUAACAUCUUAUGUGCCUUCUGUAAUACAUAUUGCAAGAAAUCUACAGUGUCUGUGUGGCAAUCAUAAGGAAGGAGUCAAGAGGGGGUUCUGGAAAAUCCUCACACUUUUUUUUUUUACAAAGCACUUUUGCAAAGAUAAAAGUUAAAUUUAAUUUACCUCUAUAUAAAUUCUAUGUAAACAGCAUGUAUUUUGUGGGCUUAAUUGAAAUGUUAUUUUAAAUCCAUGGGGGAAAUUUGUUUGUAAAAUGGAUUUUUCUCCAGCUGCUUACAACAGUUGCUUUGGAUUAUCUAAAAUUAAUCCAAAUGUGAAAGAUGGGUAUUACUGCCAAAGCCAAAUUGCACUCCACUUCCUUAGCAGAUUCCAAGAGCAAGGCGUUUAAAUAAUUGCCAAUUUUGCCGGGUGGUGAUGGUGCAUGCCUUUAAAUUAAUCCCAGCACUUGGGAGGCAGAGGCAGGCGGAUUUCUGAGUUCGAGGCCAGCCUGGUCUACAGAGUGAGUUCCAGGACAGCCCGGGCUACACAGAGAAACCCUGUCUCGAAAAACCAAAAAAAAAAAAUUGCCAAUUUUUAUACCACCAUAAAUGGUAAGGUAAAAAGAAAGAUGAGCAUUUCAUCAUUUUGAAUUUUUGAAAUAAAAGGUUCUCCCAUCAUUUUCAAGAGAAGCAUAUUUUUAUAUUAAAAAAGCGAUGAGGUUUGAUUUUUUUUCCUCAGCAUUCUCAGCUUUGCUUUCUAAAUUAUCCCAUGAGCUUGUCUAACACUGAGUCAUACUCAGGUUGAAGCAAAACCAUAAAUAGCACUGUGUGAGGAGCUGGCUGUCUUCUGCUGCUUAGGGGAAUAUGUUCGCAAACAUGCCUCUAGUCAGUGCGGCUUAUCUGCUGAAGUGUAGGGGCACUGUCUUGGAUGGACGAGCUAUGACUAGAGCAUCGUUCUUUACAAUAAUGCCCCAGGUGUACAUUUUUAGUGUAUUCUUUAAAGUAUUCUGUUUGUGUAUUCUUUAAGUAUUUUGUUGAAAUGGUGUUCGGUUCCCUCCCCUACAUUUGUGCAUAAAAACUGGUUCUGCACAUUAUUACUUGAAGUA